AUGGCUCUCUCCCAGCCGGCCCAGCCGGAGACCCAGCCUGUUGAGCUGGAACUGGACGCUCCAUGUGAACUCCAGUUGUCAUUUGCUGGAGCAUCUCUUGACCACCAAGAGCAUGCUGGGCAAUUGGUGGAGAGUGAUGAAAGCCAUUUGGAUGCAUCUUCCAUGCCGCCCCCUCAGCCUCCGUCAAAGAAGCAGAAGAAACAAAAGUCGGAUAUUGGAGAGUCUGACAACAAGAGCGUUACUUCGAGUGAUGCCCCUUCCAAAACUGCUUCGACUUCGAAGGACUUGAUCGGAGUCAAGAAGUUUGGCCGUGGAUACACCAGGCAGUGCAAAGGCUGUCAGCUUUGGUUCAAGCCAGAAGGGAUGGCUUCCAAGAGCAGCUUUUGUAGCAAAGAUAAGAACAAGUUGGACAACCUGAGCCGCUUGGCCAAAGCCCAGGGCAAGGCCAAAUGGCUUUCAGAAGCACGUCGCGAUGAAGACAAAAUCUCCAAGAUCUUGAAAAAGUACUCAGAGAUGAGUGGUGAUGCUGGGACUCCUGGUGGGAAAAAGCAGGCCAGGGCUACGUUGUUCAGCACUUUGGAGAAGACCGUUGCCACCAGCAGGGUGAUGUAUGACACCAAGCAUCGCUUCAUGCCAGAGGAUGCUUAUGUGAAGCAUGUGACCGAAGUUUUGCUCGAAGGAGAAGGUCGCCUGACCAAGGCCCAGGCGACUCUUCAAUGGCAGCAAUGGUCAACGCUGAUUAGUGAAAACCCGGAGACAGAAGAGGUGAUGUGGGAUAAGAAGGGCAGCGGUGGACAGUUGAGAGUGGCUGUGGCCAUUGAGGACAAUUUGCAUUUGAGCAACAUUUACGACCGUGCCAAAGAAUUCUCCAGCAAAGGGAAGGAUGAGAAAAGUUUGACAGAGGAUCAGAUUAGCCAGCGAAAGCGUCAGUUGUUUGUGAACCAUGACUCGGGUCAUGAUGUGGAUGCCAAGGCCAUUGGCCAGAGCAUGGUUCGGGCCAGUGGCAGUUCCACAGCUGGAAACAGCUUUUGUGCUUUGGCGAGUGAGUUGGAUGUCGAUGAGCUGGAGCCCAGGAAGGAUGACAGCCCAGAAGGAAUUGAAGGAUCUGGUGGUGAAGAGUCCCAGGAAGAGAGCAAUGUGCGCCCACAGGCAAAAGCCAAGGCCAAGGCCUGGCCCAAGGCAAAGGCCAGGACGGAGAAAGCUGAAUCUCGCAAGGGCUGGUUUGACCGGGACACAGCCAUCGCCAGCAAGGCCCGCAGUGAGACCACAGCUUUGUGCGGGCUUCAGGUGCAGAUGAGCAACAAGCUCAAAGAAGCCCAGGCGCAGAUGGACGAGGUGGCGACUAAGCCAAGUGAGAGCCAACAUGAGGUUUGUGUUGAGAAUGACACCCUGCUUCGCAGAAUGACCUUCUUGGAGGCAAUGUUGGAUGAUGAUUCCACAAAGCUUAAGGAGUUGAUCCAGCAGCAGGUGACCGAUAAGAGUUGCAUGGAGGGUAAGGAUGAUGAAAAUGGAGAUGGGCAGUCUUCUUGGCAGGCGCAAGUGUCAAAAGCGCCACCAUGUCAGUCUUUUGAAGACUUGGUGACCCUCGCUUCUAUCAAGGGAAGCCUUGAUGACUAUUGGAAAUGCACUUCUGCCAAUGAGCUUCGAGACGUAGCCCGUCAGCGCACCUUGUCUCGCAAGCCCAUCACGGAGCUUGUGGGUGCAGUGAAUGUUGGCAUCAAGGAGCUGAAGAAGGCCCUGACAGCUUUGGAGCAGCGCAAUGCAAAGAGAUUGGCUCCUUCCACUGCCGCUGGUCCUGGCCGCAAGAGGUCCAAGACUGCAGCGGUGCAUCCAUCAGCUUUUGAGGCUGGCUUGGACAAGGACAAUACCUUCAAUUCCAUUGCAUCUGAUGCCCUUUCAGCUUUGAGCUCGGAUCAGGUCAAUUUGAGUUUGCCCUUGAUCGUCAAGUUCACCAGCUUGGCAGCGUUUGACUCAUCAGAGGCUUCGAUCAAGCAGUCUGUGGAUUCCUUCGGUGCGGCCUUCGCCCGGCAUGUCAAGUCCAAUGAGAAGUCAAACAUGACCAAGCCCCCAGAGGCCCGCUCAAAGGUGCGGGCAGCUUCUCCUUUGUUCUCAGCAGAGGCCAACGAUGCUUGGGCAAGUUUCUGCACUAGCAAUUUCAUGGCUCACAUGGUGCCCGAAGAGGUUGGAGCUGUUGGCAAAUCAGUCCUUCAUGUUGGCGUGCAGGCUGGUGCCAGCACAGGUGCAGCUGAGAAGGGUUGGCAGGCCAGCCUGAGAUUGAGCAUCUCCGGCACCAAGACCAUCUUGGCCUGCUCUGCUGAGACGGCCAUUGCAACUUUUGGCGUUAUGGAUCCGACCGCACUGUGGCAGAAGUUUUUGCAGAUGAGCCCAGAGGAUGUUCAGAGGAUGGUUGAUUUACAGCGAAAGGAAAUUACUUUGUGGGCAGGCACAGUUGGACCCAAUGAGCUGUUCUAUUUGCCAGCAGGAUGGAUGUUUGCUGAAUCGGUACUCCCCAAGGCCGACUGCAUGGGCAUUCUUUGCCGUGGUGUCAUCAAUGAAGGCUCCGCUUACAACCAGCUGCAAGCCAUUCGGAAGCUGCUUUCAUCUGUGAAGAAGAAUGAUGCAGAGUUGGACGCAGUGGUUGCAGCCCUGGCAGCCCUGGACAAAAGGGCAUUGGCAUCAACAGUCCCCACUGAGCCUGAGCCGGCGGCGCUGGCGUCGCCUGGGCCGAAGCCUUCUCCUGGCGAAAGCGCAAGUCCUUCAGGAAAGAAGGCGGAUGAUGUGGAAGCACAUGGUGGUGGGAGCGAGAUUCCUGUGGAGGAGCAGCUUGCGGCGCAGGAUUCCCAGUCGCAGCAGCUGACGGCAUAA